AUGGACCAGAACUACUAUCAAUCCCCCGCCCAGGGAGUCGCUCCUGGCGAAGACCCCUCCAAUCCCAAUAGAUUUCCACCUCAGCAUCCCUAUCCAGGGCAGCACCCUGCCGGUUUCCCUCCCGGUCCCUCCCCUCCUCAGCCCGGUGCCUAUUAUGGAGCUGGUGCACCCUCCAACCAACAAUGGCCGUCGGCCGCCGCAUACGGCUCCCCGCCUCCCCCAGGGCCACAACAGCCUCUACAACCCCCAACCCAAUUCGCAUACAAUACUGGUACUCAACCCGGCUUGGCAGUGCCGGCCGCAGUGCCCACUGAUCCAUCAAUGGCCGGGCUGAAUUCUCAGAUGAGCGGGUUGGGUAUAAUGGGAGAAGGGGUGCCUCGGAGUUCGAAAAAGAAACACCGUCACGCACAUCACGACAUUGGGGCAGCGGCGCCAGCGCCAGCCCAGCAAUUCGCAGCUGCUCCAGCGGACGCCCUGCAGCAAUCCUCGUCCCAAUUCUUGAAUACUGGGUUAAACCAAGGCCCUCCCUCCGCGUCCCCAGCCUUGGGUUCUUCGGGGCUUGUUCCUCAACCAACAACACUCGGUCCUGCACCAGAGCCCGGCCAUGGAACAGUCCCUACCCAAGGGGGAAUUGACCCGGAGCAGAUCCCUAGCAUACCACGCUCGCGCGAUAUUCCGGCACAGUACUACUUUAGCCAUGUCUAUCCCACAGUGGAACGGCAUUUACCUCCCCCAGCGGCCGUUCCGUUUAUUGCCCAUGACCAAGGCAACUCGUCGCCGAAAUAUGCCCGUCUGACGUUAAAUAAUAUCCCCUCCUCCUCCGACUUCCUUUCCUCUACUGGACUCCCGCUGGGAAUGGUUCUGCAGCCGUUCGCGCGCCUCGACGAAGGGGAGCAACCCAUUCCUGUGCUCGAUUUCGGAGACGUGGGACCUCCUCGGUGUCGCCGCUGCCGGACCUAUAUCAACCCUUUCAUGUCGUUUAGAGCUGGUGGGAAUAAAUUCGUUUGCAACAUGUGCACGUUCCCUAAUGACGUCCCGCCCGAGUAUUUCGCGCCGAUCGAUGUUACAGGGUCGCGCGUCGACCGCAUGCAGCGCCCAGAGCUUAUGAUGGGGACUGUCGAGUUCCUCGUGCCGAAGGAUUACUGGAACAAAGAGCCUGUUGGUCUCCAGACGUUAUUCCUGAUCGAUGUCAGCCAAGAGUCGAUCAACAGAGGAUUUUUGAAAGGAGUGUGUAAGGGUAUCAUGAAAGCCCUCUACGAAGACGAGCCAUCAGAAAAUGUGGAUGAAGCUGAGCCAGCCCGGAAACUACCCGAGGGAUCGAAGAUCGGAAUUGUUACUUAUGACCGCGAAGUGCAAUUCUACAAUCUCAGCGCGGGACUUCAGCAAGCCCAGAUGAUGGUGAUGACGGAUCUACAAGAACCGUUUGUUCCUCUCAGCGAGGGAUUGUUCGUGGAUCCAUAUGAAUCAAAGGAUGUUAUUACCUCACUUCUAAAACAGAUCCCGACUAUCUUCUCCCGCGUAAAGUCCCCAGAGUGUGCUCUCCUUCCAGCUCUCAAUGCAGCACUCUUCGCAUUACAGGCUACUGGUGGUAAAGUUAUUGGUGCAAUAUCGUCGCUGCCUACUUGGGGCCCAGGGGCUCUGUCGCUUCGGGAUGAUCCUAAGGCUCAUGGAACCGAUGCGGAAAGGAAACUUUUCACGACGGAAAAUACCUCCUGGCGAGAAGUCGCAGGUAAAAUGGCCGAGGCCGGUAUUGGUUGCGACAUGUUCGUAGCAGCCCCUAGCGGGACAUAUAUGGAUGUUGCUACUAUCGGCCACGUUCCUGAAGUUACUGGAGGUGAAACGUUCUUUUACCCCAAUUUCCACGCUCCAAGGGACAUUCGAAAACUCUCGGAGGAAUUGGCACAUGCGGCAACGAGAGAGACAGGCUAUCAAGCGCUGAUGAAGGUCCGUUGCUCCAACGGAUUGCAAGUGUCUGGCUACCACGGAAACUUCGUGCAACAUACUUUCGGCGCUGAUCUUGAAAUCGGUGCAAUUGAUGCGGACAAAGCUAUUGCUGUCCUCUUCAGCUAUGAUGGCAAGCUUGAUACUAAGCUGGAUGCGCAUUUCCAAGCCGCCCUAUUAUACACAUCGGCGAAUGGGCAACGUCGGGUACGCUGUAUCAACAUAGUGGCAGCGGUUAACGAGGGCGGCUUGGAGACGAUGCAGUUCGUUGACCAGGACGCAGUUGUGAGCAUAAUCGCUAAAGAGGCGGCCGCGAAAACCUUGGACAAGAACCUCAAAGACCUUCGAGCGAACAUCACGGAGAAAACCGUUGAUAUCUUCAGCGGCUAUCGUAAAAUCUUUUCUGGGUCGCAUCCUCCUGGUCAACUUGUAUUGCCGGAGAACCUCAAGGAAUUUUCCAUGUACAUUUUAGCCUUGAUCAAGUCGCGGGCCUUCAAAGGUGGUCAAGAAUCAUCAGACAGACGAAUUCACGAUAUGCGGAUGCUACGAUCGAUUGGCUGCUCUGAAUUGUCACUAUACUUGUACCCUCGAAUCAUUCCUAUCCAUAAUAUGCAGCCAGAGGAUGGAUUUCCGAAUGAGCAGGGCUACCUACAAGUCCCACCCGCCCUUCGGGCUAGUUUCUCAAAGAUCGAAGAGGGUGGAGUGUACCUGGUCGAUGAUGGACAGCAAUGUAUCUUAUGGCUUCACUCGCAGGUAUCUCCUAACCUCCUAGAAGAUCUCUUUGGCCCCGGGAAUGCAUCAUUACAUGAGCUCAACCCGCAAACAUCAUCAAUUCCGGUGCUUGAAACACAUCUCAACGCACAGGUCCGCAACUUGCUACAGUACUUCUCAGGCAUCCGAGGGUCCAAGGCGGUAACAAUCCAACUUGCCCGCCAGGGGCUAGACGGCGCCGAGUACGAAUUUGCGCGGUUAUUAGUAGAAGACCGUAACAGCGAGGCGCAGAGCUACGUUGACUGGCUAGUGCACGUUCACCGGCAAAUCAACAUGGAGCUUGCUGGACGUCGGAAACGUGAGGAAACGAGUACGGAGGGAUCACUGGCGGGACUAACUGGGUUACGAGCACCCUAUUGGUAA